CUCAACCAAGAAGGGUCCAAGGAGUGGGAUUAAAGAAGGAAAAAGGCUAGGAAAAGUGUGUAAAAUUAAGGAACUUGUAAAGGGUGUUUCAAGUGAUUUCACAAAGUUGGAAAAGUCGCCGGAAUUGUCGCCGGAGUUGACCAAAAGUCGCCGGAGUUUCACCGGAGUUCAACCAAGAAGGGUAGAACUUCAUACGCUAGUUCAAGGUUGAAGCUAGGGCUUGCUACCUGCACCUUUUUACGGGUGACAUCAAAUCAAGGAAGACGUGGUUCGUGCUUCCUCAUUUUAUUUCAAAUUUCCAAACAUUGCUCAUGGAUAUUUUUAUCUGUUAUAAACUAUUCUUUUGGGGCUUGCAUGCCCAUGUUAUUGGCCGGUUGUGGCUUAUGACUUACCGUUGAAUAUUUCCGCUAUUCAUUGGUUUAAAUGUGAUGUUGUUAUGUAUGUUUACUACUGAGUAUGGAUGGAUUAUUUUUCUCGAACGCCUUGUGUAAUCAAGUGAGGUUGACUCGCGGGUGACGUCACUUGAUUAUACGGCGGUUGUACACGCGCUUGGAUUGCGGUCUGGGGCGUGACACCGUGCAUGGGGGCCGAGGGGCAACGGAUUUUGUACGACCGCAGCGGCGCUUCAUCUUCUCGAUCAAGGAGCGGAGAGGAUCCACGUAUCGCUCAAAUGCAGCGGGAGUUGGAGGAGCAACGCAAAAAGGACGAAGAAACAAGAGCCCGGCUGGAAGCGAUGGAACGGAUCCUCAGCGCCGGAAUUCGGAAUCAGCCUCAGCCGUAUAUACUGCACCCCGAGCAGACUCCUCAAGUUCCGCAGAUGGGCGGUUAUUUCCGUUCCAACUCUGCUUCCGGGUUGCCUUCAUAUAUAUGGUUCUUUUCAGGAUAUCAAUUUUCAUAACCUGUUUCAAACAUCUGGAGGCAGCCAAGCAGGAGGCAGUCGCGGAGGGGGCAAUCGUGGUGGCAACCGAGAAGGCCAAGGUGGAAGCAACCGAGAAGAUGAGACGAAGAAGAUUAUCUAUACGAUGAUUCUAGAUAUUAUCAUAAUGGUAGUCGGAGGAGCUUGUAAAUGAUAUACAUUUUUAAUUGAACAUUGUUUAUUUACUAUAUUUGUAU